AUGUCUGCCACAGCCGAUGAAACUGCAGAGGACCAGCCGGUGAAGGACGUGGGUCUCAAUCGCCCUGCAAACCUCCAAGAGUCCUCAAUGGUCCAAAAUGCGAAGGCUCGGCAGGCCGUGUCUCGAAUCAGCCGGGAGGAGCUGGAGGACCGAUACCUUCGCUUGCACGACGAGAAUCUUUUGCUGAAGCAGCAUGGGCGUAAACAAGAGGAUAAAAUUAAAAGAAUGGCCACCAAGCUAAUCCGGCUGGUUAACGACAAGAAAAGAGCCGAGCAGAUUGGUGGCGGCCCCAAGCGGCUGGGCCAGGACGUGGAGAUGGAGGAAAUGAUCGAGGAGCUGCACGAAAAGGUGCGGGACCUGGAGAAGCAGAAUGACGGCCUCCGCAACCGGCUCAUCUCCACCAAGCAGCAGCUGCAGUUGCAGGGGCACCGGCAGCCCCCCUACGGUUACGUCCAGGCCCGCGUCAACACCGGCCUCAGGAAGGCCAACGAGGGCGCCGGAGUCCAGGAGCGCGCCAAGAAAGGCAUGAGAUUGCAGGAUGUCGACAUCAGAUCUCUGAAAUCUCCCCAAGCCUUACCCCCUAGAUAUGGACAAAACUUACUCGAUGAAGCGAGAGAAGAGAUAAGGAAUCUAGAGAACGUGGUUGAAUCGCAAAGGGCGCACAAUGAGGAGUUGGAGCGGGUGGUGGAAGCACUCGGAAGUGAAAUCAGGAAGAAGGAAGAGGAGUUUGAAGAAUCUCUCCUGCAGCUGAAGGAGCAGCAAGCGACAGGUCAACGGUUAAGCAUUCGGGAAAAUGUUGAACUGAUCAGACUCAACAAACAGUUGGUGGAGAAGAGCAAUGCGUUGGCUGCAGUGGAAGAAAAAUUGCUUCAGCUUCAGGAGAAUCAAAAGAACUUCAAAGCAAGCCACGAUGCUUUAAUGGCAAACGGAGACGAGCUCAACCUGCAGCUUAAAGAAGAACGUGCAAGAUGUCUUCUCUUCGAGAAAGAAUUGCAGGCAGUGACUUUUUCAAAGCGACGAUCGGAAGAGCUGCAAGACAGAAUUAACGAUUUGGAAAAAGAGAAGGACCUUUUAAAGGAAAACUAUGAUAAGUUAUAUCAAAGCGCCUUUGGCGUGACCCACGACCAGCAGUGGAAGUUGAAGGAGCACCAGCUGAAACUGCAGAUCGCUCAGCUCGAGGCCGCCCUGAAGUCGGACUUAGCGGACAAGAAUGAGCUCCUGGACAAAGUAAAAGGGGAAAGAGACCAAAAUGAAAAGCUGGCCCAGGAGAAUAAAGAGCUGCAGCUACGCUACCUCGAACAGAAGCAACAGCUGGACGAACUGAAAAGCCGCAUGAAGUUUUUCGCCAAGGAGAGCGACAUCGAUGUGGCAGAACUCAGUGAGGCACUCAUGCUUCUGAAGGCUCGUCGGCAGCAGGCGAGCAGCGACCUCACGUUUUUAGAGAAGGUGGAUGAAGACAUACACAGAGACUUGGAACGCUCCAUGCGGGAUCUCCAAGCGACCCACGCAGAAACCAUUCAAGAGCUCGAAAAGACGCGCAAUAUGUUAAUUGUACAGCAUAAAAUUAACAAAGACUAUCAGGCAGAAGUGGAAGCAGUAACACAGAAGAUGGAGGCGUUACAGCAAGAUUAUGAGUUGAAACUGGAGCAGUACGUCCAUCUCCUUGAUGUUAGGGCUACGCGUAUCCGUAAAUUAGAAGCCCAGCUGAAGGAUAUCGCUUAUGGAACCAAGCAGUACAGAUUCCGGCCAGAGAUCAUGCCAGAUGAUCCGGUUGAUGAAUUUGAUGAAACUGCCCACUUGGAGCGGGGAGAGAACUUGUUCGAGAUUCACAUCGGCAAAGUGAUAUUUUCUGCAGAAGUCGUGAAGGCUUUCUGUGAUCAGGAACCUGCAACCUUCUGUACUUACGCGUUCUACGAUUUUGAACUGCAGACGACUCCAGUCAUCCGGGGCCUUAACCCAGCGUACAAUUUCACUUCACAAUAUCUCGUGCGGGUGGAUGACUUCUUUUUGCAGUACAUUCAGAAGAAUGCUGCCACGCUUGAGGUCCACCACGCCUACGGUGUGGACUUUGAAACGGCCGCUGCGUGCCAGCUGAGAUUCCAUGAAAUAUUGGAGAAGAACGGCAGAAUCUACGGGUCAGCCAUUUUAGUAGGAAUUGGAGGAGAUAUCCAAAACUAUGGCUCUGUGGAAUACUGGAUCAGGUUAAGGGUCCCCAUGGACCAAGCCAUCAGACUGUAUAAAGAGCGGGCGAAAGCUCUGGGAUACAUAACAACGAACCUAAAAGAGCAGCAGCCAGUUCUCUGUCCUUCCCAAGCCAACACUUCAGACAGAAACGUCAACGAACUCCACAUCACGAUAAAAUGCUGCAGCAAUCUGCAGUGCCGAAAGAGCAGCCUCCAGCCAAGCCCUUACAUCGUCUAUAAGUUCUUUGAUUUCGCGGACCAUGACACCUCCAUCAUCCCCAGCAGCAACCACCCGCAGUUUGCUGACCACGCGUGUUUCCCGGUGCCGAUGAACGCUGAUCUCGACCGCUACCUGAAAUCUGAAUCCUUGAGCCUGUACGUCUUUGAUGACGGUGAGACGGAAGAUGGGGUCUAUAUUGGAAAAGCCAAUGUCCCCUUAAUCUCCUUGGCUCACGACAGGUACAUUUCAGGCACCUUUGAACUAACAGAUUAUGAAGGCCGUUCCACUGGCACAGUGAGCGUGGAGCUAAAAUGGAAAUAUGCCUACCUCCCGCCCACCGGUUCCAUCAUGGCAGCAGAUCUCACAAAUUACAUCCAGAAUGAGAAACCAGUGAAGGGCCAAGGAGAACCUCCGGUCCUGGCCCCUACUUUCCCUUCACCAGCAACGAGGCCACAGCCUAAGCCAAGGCAGCGGGCAGCUCCAGCGGAUAAGAAAGUGUCUUUUGUAGAAGUCGAUAAACUACCAGAUCCGAGUUCCAUUCCUGAAAAGGAAAACAAAGAGGCCCGGCAGAAGACUGAAGAUGAAAAGCCGAUUGUCUCAAACAUUCCACAGGGUGUCUCCAAAACAGAAGCCGACGGCAGAGCAGGAAAAACGGCAGCGGACAUUCAAGAGGAAAGUGAGGAUCUCUCUCAGCUCUCUGAAGGACAGUUCGCUGACCAGAGCUCAGCCACUUCUGGAGAAGAAACAGAAAUUACUGAAGAACUGGAACCGGAAGAUCAAGAUGACAGAGAGGGAACGGAUGCAGUUGAAUCUGUAACAGACAGUGAUGAGUGUGUAGUUCCAAGCCCAGAGUCCCUGAGUCUCAAGCAGACUGCUGAAAAAAUCCGGAUUGAAAUCAUAUCCCUCAGUCUCGCAGAAUCCCCGAUCACGGCGGAUAGGACAAUACAGCGGCUCUUUGUGGAGGUCAAGUUCUCCAGUUUCCCGGCUGAUGAAACGCCCGUGUCGCUUCCAAAACCCAGAAGCGGGCAGUGGAUCCACUACAAUUACAGCCAUGUGAUCCGCGUGGAUGAGGCCAAUAACAAAGCAAGGCGAGAUUUCCUCAAGGCUGUGCUUCGAGGAUCCGAGCCAAGUCCUGGAAGCAUACGAUUUACUGUGGUAAGUGACCCUCCAGAAGAUGAGCAGGAUCUCGAGUGUGAAGAUAUUGGCUUGGCGUAUAUCAGUCUAAGCGAGAUGUUUCGGAAAGGAAAGGACAUCAUUGAACAAAACAUUGAUGUUUUUGAUUCUCAAGGUGACGGGACAGUAAUCGGAAAGCUCAAGAUGACGGUGGAAGCCCUCCAUGCACUGCGCUCGAUCUAUGAGGAACUCUGA